AUGGCCGCCCAGGUUGAGAGCGCCCCCGUUCCAGUUCCAGCCCCUACCAAUGGCAAUGGCGUUACUGAUUUGAUGAAGGCUCAAUUCAUCCCAAUUAAGAAUGGCCACGUAACUGUUACUCCCAUUGACCAACCGGAGUCAAACCGUCUUGGCGUUUUGCGUGAGCUGAACUAUCGAAUGACGUCUCGCGUCUUUGCCAAGUUGGACGUCGAAGCUCGCUCCAUACUGGAGAGUGUGAAAACGGCCGACGAGGUCUUCGAUAGCAUUGCCGUUGAACGUUUGCGUUACAUGCCUCGAGAUGGUAGCCAGCUUGACCGUGUGUUCAAAUGGACUGCCUACCUCAUUGCUCAAUUGGAUCAACUGUCUAAGGAGAUCCAGCCUUUUGCCCUGUACUCCGAGGAGGCUGUUCAGUCUAUGUGGGGAUCUUGUCUAGUCUUGCUUUCGCUUGGUCCCGAUCAAAUUGAUCUGCUUUCUUAUGUCUUCGGCGCUUUCCACAAUUUGGCGCAGGAUGUUUCCCGCCUGACAGCCCAAUGGCGCUCUCAGGAAUCGGUUACCGAUGCCCAGAGUGAGGUCAUUGCCGCGUAUUCUGAUCUCGUUGAGCUCAUCUGUAAUGUGAGCGUACACUAUUACCGCAAGGCGCACAACUUCUCUCGGGCUGUCGAUGUUUCGGAUUUCCACGCUCGUUUCUCCCACCACAUUCAUUCCUUUCAGUCUCACCGUGCUUCCCUCAUCGAGGUAUUGUGGACCAGUAGCUCUGCUACUUUGGAACUUACUACAAACCCGGUGGUCAAAGUUCGGGAGAUUCGCGAAUUCCUUUCUUUCCACGACCGUGCUAUUUCUGCCAUCCUGGCUGCUCGCCAGCAUCGUGCAGCUGAGUAUACUUGCGAGUGGUUUGAGAGUCAAUUGACUCAUCAACAGACUCGCCGUCCAGGCCUGACUGUCAUCAAUGGUGGCAUCGGUACUGGAAAGACCGUUCUAUCUCAGUGGAUUGUGGACAAGUUGCAUUCCUCUCCUGAUGGCGACGACACCGAUGUUGUCUUGUACAGAGUCUACGAUGAUAUCAGCGAGACUGCCGCUAGUACCAACGUUAUCAAAGGCGUGCUGCUUCAACUCUUGGAUCGUCGGGUCGGAGAUGCUGCUUUCCUUGAGGCUCUUGACCGUGCCAUCCGCAUCGCGCGCUCUAGUACCUCAAUCAAGGACAUCGAAGAGUCUCUUUGGAACGCCGCCCUGAUUGCCUCGAAGGGUCUCCAUGACGUUAUAGUCAUCAUUGAUGGCCUGAGUGAGCUUUCGAGCCCUGCAGAUUCUGUUCCUCGUGUGUUAAGCCAUCUUUCUCGUCUUACUUCGCAUAGCUCUGGUGUACGAGCUGUUGUGCUGUCACGACCUCUCCGCUGCUCCCUCCCUCAAGGAACGCACAACUUUACUAUCGAGCCAGCUCAUGUGCUUGGGGAUAUCAAGACUGUGAUUUCGACUGACUUGGAGUCUACCAGUCCAUUCAAUGUGCUCAAACCCGAUAAUCGGGAAGAGAUCCUUGAGACUAUUGUCCAAAAGUCUCAGGGAUCCUUCAUUUGGGCGGCAGUGGUAGUCUCCAACCUCACGAGGCUGCGAACUCUACCUGACAUCUUGUCGGCUGUACAGUCUACCCCUGUGUCUUUGAGCGAGGCGCUCAACAAGCUACUCGCCACCAUCAAUCUCCAAGAUACAGAGACUCGCUCUCUGCUGGCUUGGACUCUGGCAGCUCACCGUCCCUUCCGUAUCAGUGAGGUACACGCCUUGUUCGAGACUGACACCAAACGCAUGGAGCCUGUGCACCACAUCGGCGACACCACUAAAGAUAUUCUCAACGCCAUUGGAAAAUUUGUGACUGUUUAUGACGGCUUUGUAAAUUUCCGUCAUCCCGCUUUACGCCAAUACUUGAUCUCUGUGGCUAGCGCGGUUACCGACUUCACCAACAAGGGCGGUUUCCCAUUCCACUUGAAGGAAGCUCAUUAUGACCUUGUCACCCGCUGCCUGGCAUAUGUGAAAUUCCACGUCCAGGACGAUUUAGAGGUGUCUUCCGUUACUAUCGGCCCGUCAACUCAGAACCACUUCUUCGAUCGGUAUGAGCUGCUGGAGUAUACCGCACGUUACUGGCCUGCUCAUUUCUCCUUGUCUCCCAUGGUGGAAGGCAAGGAUACUUACAAGCUUACUGCCACUUUCAAGCAAUGCCUGCCUGACUCAAUUCUGUUGGCCCUACUUGAGACUAGCACUCAGCAGGCUCAGUUCUCCUUGCACACAGCCGAAGAGUACUUGUCUCUGUCUGUUAAGCUUCGCCGCUUGCUAUUCAAAGAUGUCUCUCAGUCUUUGCUGCAGAGCCUCGUGCUUCAUGGUCGGUUGACCCACAACCUUGGUCUUAAAGCAAGCGUGGAAUAUCUCUACGAAACUUGGGUUCUCAGCGAGAAACUUCUUGGCUCGCAGAGUAGUGUGGUCAAGGCUAACGCUGAGCUGUUCAUGCAGUCAGUGAUCAAAAUUGACAUUAAAGAGACCACCAUUAUCACGAAGAAGGAAACUGUACUCCGCUACCUGAUUGAGCGCACCAAAGAAGAGAGAGGCGUGUCCCAUGAUCUGACUAUCAAGUACACCCGCUCACUUAUUCAGCUCUAUAUUGAUGUUAAGAAUAUCGAAGCAGCUUCUAAUUUCUGCAAGGAGCUGUAUGAGUUAAGCGCAACACGCUACGGUCGCUUCUCUUCCGAGACACAAGAGACCACCGAAAUCUUCUUUGAACAGCUGCAGUACUUCGGCAAGUCGGAGUUUGUGUCUGAAGUCAUGCAGACCCGCCAUGAGUACAACAUUCAGCAUUUAGAGGUUACUGAUGAGCGUCGUAUCACAUCUACAGUCUCCAGCGUGGAAGCCUUCGAGCAGCGCGGUGAGAUCAGCCGUGCUGAAUCCAGUCUCUUUGAGCUCUGGCAGAGUCUUUCCUGUGUGGAGCAGACGUCAGAGUCGGUGAUCAAGCAACAGGUCGAUGUGACUCUGAAAUACUCUGAAUUCCUCACCAGGCACGGCCGCAAGGAGGAAGCUGAAAGUAUCGUCAGUGGCAUGUGGGUAUCUCUGCAACAGCAGUCUUCUCGCUUUGAGAGCCUAAGUUCUACUAUCGAGAAAUUCACCUCCCAUAUCAAGACACAAAAGUGGUACUCUUUGGCCGAGUCAGCCCUCUCCUCUCUCUGGACUCAAUACAAGUCUGAAAAACGCACCAGCAGUUCUUCCACUGUUGCCGUUGCUUCAGCUCUGAGCGAGAUUGUUCAAGAGUCUAUCACUACGACUCGCUCCAGCACAUCCUUGAGCUCGUCUUCAUUUACUACCGUUCAGACGCAUCAACAGUUCGAGCUCUUGCGUGAGGUUUUCGAGACUGCUUCUCAGUCAACCUCGGUAUCCAAGAAGUCUGUUGCUACUACUGUUCAGAUGGCAGAGACCAUUGCUGAGUCGUAUGUUCAGCAAGGCAAGUACGAGAAGGCUAUUGAAGUUCACCAGCGCUCAAUGCAAAAGUUCUGGUCCGGUAUUGAGAGCAAGACAUCCGUUAUCAAGCUCACCACUGAGACAACCCGCGUAGCUCGACAGGCCAUAAGACUUGCCCAGGUCUACUUCAAGAACUUGCAGAUUGAGAAGGCAUCUACUGUCUACGAGAAUACCUUCAAAUCUGUCAUCUCUUCGGUCUCUGUCAAAGAUGAGCUGUUCACCAGUGUCAUCAAGGAUGCCAUAACUUUCUAUCAGACUACGUACCAGUUCUCCAAGGUUAUAUCUAUGUACCAGGCGAUUUACAACGUGCUGUCGACCCAAAUUGGAAACACAAACGAGAAGACUAUCCAAGCUCUCUACAGCUGGGGUGACCAGGCUAUCAAGUAUCAUCAUGAGGCAGAAGCAGAGAAAGCCUACUACGAGAUCUACGUUGCCUUCGAGAAGAAGGAAACUCUCAAUGUCCGAUCCAUCCGCGCCGCUCGUGCUCUCUGCACUAUCUAUGAGAGUAGCAAGCGCUGGAAGGAUGCCCAGCAAGUUUAUGAACUUCUGUGGAAAUCCGUCACUCUAAAGGGCCAGGAGCUAUCUAUCGAAAGUGAGGAGAUUGAGACGAUCUACUCCCGCUACUCGUACUUGCUAGAGACACACGUGAAGGCGGAUGUCACUGUGAUCCACAGUCUCGCAACCAGCUAUCGCGAAACCUGCUUGAAGAUCUACGGCGAGUCCCAUGUCUCCACUUACAAGGCGACGAUGAGGCUGGCCGAGAUCAGCCACUCCAGCGAGAAGUACCACAAGGAAUCCCUCUCGCUGUACGAGUUUGCACUCAAGAUGAGCUCAAAGUUUUCUUCCACUGUCGAUAACCGCGAAUUUUCCGAGUCGAGCACAACUACUACCACCUCAACUGUCAGUAUCAUCAAGCAGCGGCUUGCUAAGCUGUACUCAAGCAGCACCGAGACUGCUUCGAAGGCCGUCUCCCUCUAUGAAGAAGACUAUCAUUUUUCUGUCAAGCAAGAGGGCUACGCGUCCCAGGCUAGUCUCACUGCUCUUGAACAGCUUGUGACAUCCUACCACAAGCAGAACACCAAGACUUCGACCACAGAGGCUGUGAAGGCUUUGACCACGGCGACUACUUAUAUCUUUGAGCAAGAGACCGACUCUCAGCGUAUGUACAAGUCUUCUCAGACAAUCGCACAGAUGUACAAGACCGUUGGCCACCAAGAGGCUGCAUGGACUCUCCUGCAGACCCUUCGGUCUCGUCUAAUCCGCGAGACUACCAGUAUCGAGAAGACCACGAUUUCCCGAAAGGUUGCAGUAUUCAUCGUCGCAUUUGAGGAGUCGCUCUUCCAAAAGCGCACGUACACCGCGAUCAUGGCCGAGCUCGUCUCCGAGAUCAAUCUGUACGAGUCAUUCUACACAGCCCGGAAGGAGAAGGAAUUCCUCUCCAUCUUCAUAAGCGGUGUCCGCCUGCUGAACUUCCAGCGGACUCGCAAUGCCACGGAGGAGCUUCAGAAAACCGAUAUCGAACUGUUCCGCCUGUUCACUGAGCAUUUCUCCGUCAAGACCCAGUCUAGCAAGCUCAGCAUCCAGGCUUUCUACCAGAUUGCCAUUACUGAGAUUACCAAGCGCGAGUAUGAUGCUCAUAUCAUUACCAGGACUGUCCGUGCUGUUCACCAUGAGAUUGAACAGGGCCAAUUCCAGAAGGCAUGUGAGCUUUCUAGCAUCUUGCACAAGUUUAUCCAGCAGGUUGAUGGCUUCAGCACUCACAGUAACACCAAGGAGGGUAUUUUGCUUACCAAGUACCUCCUCGGUCAUGAUGCCAAGAAAUCUCCAGAUGCUAAACUUAACAAGGCCAUGUCCGAGCUCUCUCGUGUUGUGCUCCAGGAUAUCCUAAUUGUGUACCGCGCCACUGGCGUCCGCUUCACUGAUUUGGAUGUGAGCGAGGUGAAUGAGAUCACUAUUCUCUUGGGUGAACAGAAGAAUUUUGAAGAUCUUGAGUACGUUCUCAGUGACCUCUGGUCCUCUCGUAUCGUUCAAAAGACCUGGUCAUCCGACACAAUCAUCUCCAUCGGCCGACGCCUCGUCGAAGCCCGCUUCUCCUGCGGCCGCAAAGAACAAGCCAUCCGCCUCUGCACAGACCUAUGCUACAACAUCGGCCGCGUAUGGGGCCAGUUUGACCGCAUCACCCUGGAACUCACAACCCUCUUGUCGGAGUUAUACACGGCAACGGGUAACUAUGCUGGUGCAAUGGCCGUGCACGAGACAUCCCUGCGCCAAGUAACGCACCCCCAGGCAGACGUUACAUCCGCCGAGAUGGGCGCAUUUGCUGUCAAGCACACUGAAUUGCUGAAGCGCGCUUACCAGCGGAACGGUGGCUGGGCCAAACAGUCGAGUCUCUACACUGAUCUUCUUGGGAAGGUCAAUGAGCAGUUGAAGGCCGAGAAAACUUGGUCGCAGUCUUCCGUUGAGAGUGUUGAGAAGUGGCAGCCUAAGGGUGCUGAUAAUUUGGGCUUGUGGCAGCCACCUACUAGCUAUGGCUUUCUUAACUCUGGGAAGACAAACAAACACCAAAAUCAGCUACGGAAGAUUAGUACUGGAAAGGUGUUGACUUUGAGUCAGAUUGCUGCUUGA